GUGACGUCAUCUCCAGGCGCCGAGGGUGACUGGACUUGUGGGGCGCUUCCAGGGCUCCGCGGCGCUGCCGGUUUUAUUCGCUGGAUACCAGAGGGCGGAAGUGCAGCAGGGUUUGGCUCCGACCUCCGCGCCGGUGCUUUUUGCGGCUGCGCGGGCUUCCUGGAGUCCUGCUACCGCGUCCCCGCAGGGCAGUGUGUCAGGUGGGCAUCCUGCCCCGCCGCCCCACCGGAGCUCGGAAUCCAGGCGUACCCACCAGUGCGGGGAGCCGGAAGGAGGAGCCGUUGCUUCGGGUAGGUUUGGCUUUGGUUGAAAAAAGAAUUUAGCCUGUAUGUACUGCUUUAACUACUGGAAGAAUGACAGAUGACAAAGAUGUGCUUCGAGAUGUGUGGUUUGGACGAAUUCCAACUUGCUUCACGCUAUAUCAGGAUGAGAUAACUGAAAGGGAAGCAGAACCAUACUAUUUGCUUUUGCCAAGAGUAAGUUAUUUGACGUUGGUAACUGACAAAGUGAAAAAGCACUUUCAGAAGGUUAUGAGACAAGAAGACAUUAGUGAGAUAUGGUUUGAAUAUGAAGGCACACCACUGAAAUGGCAUUAUCCAAUUGGUUUACUAUUUGAUCUUCUUGCAUCAAGUUCAGCUCUUCCUUGGAACAUCACAGUACAUUUUAAGAGUUUUCCAGAAAAAGACCUUCUGCACUGUCCAUCUAAGGAUGCAAUUGAAGCUCAUUUUAUGUCAUGUAUGAAAGAAGCUGAUGCUUUAAAACAUAAAAGUCAAGUAAUCAAUGAAAUGCAGAAAAAAGAUCACAAGCAACUCUGGAUGGGAUUACAAAAUGACAGAUUUGACCAGUUUUGGGCCAUCAAUCGGAAACUCAUGGAAUAUCCUGCAGAAGAAAAUGGAUUUCGUUAUAUCCCAUUUAGAAUAUAUCAGACAACAACUGAAAGACCUUUCAUUCAGAAGCUGUUUCGUCCUGUGGCUGCAGAUGGACAGGUGCACACACUAGGAGAUCUCCUCAAAGAAGUUUGUCCUUCUGCUGUUGAUCCUGAAGAUGGGGAAAAAAAGAAUCAAGUGAUGAUUCAUGGAAUUGAGCCAAUGUUGGAAACGCCUCUGCAGUGGCUGAGUGAACAUCUGAGCUACCCGGAUAAUUUUCUUCAUAUUAGUAUCAUCCCGCAGCCAACAGAUUGAAGGAUCAACUGUUUGCCUGAACGGAAUCAUCCUUAAAUGGAAUUUAUCAGAGCAUGUCACCCUUUUGCUUCAAUCAGGUUUGGUGGAGGCAACCUGACCAGAAACACUUCGCCGCUGCAAGCCAAACAGGAAAAAGAUUCCAUGUCAGAUAAGGCCAUUGGGCUGGUCUUACUUUGCAUCACCUCUGCUUUCCUCCACUGCCAUCAUUAAACCUCAGCUGUGACAUGAAAGACUUACCGGACCACUGCAAGUCUUCUGUAAAAUAUAAUGAAGCUGAAACCUUUGACCUAAGAAGAAAAUGGAAAUAUGUGCCACUCGAUUUGUAUUUCUGAUUAACAAAUAAACAGGGGUAUUUCCUAAGGUGACCAUGGUUGAACUUUAGCUCAUGAAAGUGGAAACAUUGGUUUAAUUUUCAAGAGAAUUAAGAAAGUAAAAGAGAAAUUCUGUUAUCAAUAACUUGCAAGUAAUUUUUUGUAAAAGAUUGAAUUACAGUAAACCCAUCUUUCCUUAAUGAAAAUUUCCUAUGUUUACAGUCUGUCUAUUGGUAUGCAAUCUUGUAACUUUGAUAAUGAACAGUGAGAGAUUUUUAAAUAAAGCCUCUAAAUAUGUUUUGUCAUUUAAUAACAUACAGUUUUGUCACUUUUCAAGUAUUUUCUGACUCACGUACACUAGAUCACUUUUUACUCUGUGUUACCAUUUUGACUGGUCGUCAUUGGCAUGGGGUGGAUAUAGGGCAUAGGAUUACUUGUCUCAGGAUCUGUCAUAGAAUUUCUUGCUGCCAAUUAAAAAACCUGUGUUCUUUACACACUACACUUAUAAAUAUUGUAACUGUUCAUCUUUGCUGUUUUAUCACUGUAAGCCUGUCAAAUCAUAGUAUCCUAAAGCAUCUGUAUAUGGUAAUUUUGCAUUUUUGGAAAAACCCAUUCCUUCCAAGCUAGUGUUUUUCAUUGGCUCUAGGUCUGUGCCAAUGAAAAACUGUGGUCCCCUGGCAGACAGUCUUUUGAGGUUUAAAGAUUACCUGUCUCCUGACUGGAGUACCUUUUGUUUAAUUUUUACCAAAAAUAUUCAGAGGUUACUGGAGUUCUUAUUCAAUAUAAGGAAAGUUUGCUGCACUUUAUUACCAAGCCUCUGGGAUUUUACCAAUCAAACAUAUUUGUGCAUUACAUUUCGUUUCUUGUGAGCUAGCUUGCUGUCCAUAUUGAAUGUUGACCCAUUUGAGUAUGCUAAAAGACUUACAGUAUCAGACACGAUCAUGGUUUUAGAUCCCAUAAUAACAAUGAAUGUUUUUCUUAUAAAACAUUAUACGAAUGCUGAAGCAAGAUUCUAGUAUUGUUCAUUGCUUCUUUUUCUUUUUCCUUUUGUGAUUUUCACUGAUUAAUAGCACAUUUCUAAACAAAAUUGGAUAAAGUUAGUCAAAGACCAGAUAUUCUGGAAUGGAAAUUGUAAAACUUAAUCAAAAAGAAUAACCAGUACCGAAUACAAUCUCAGAAAAUUAGAAGCAAGUAGAAAACAAUUGGUUGAUGUAAAUGAAAGUGCCAUUUUAGUAAAGGCAGGAAAAAAAUAGCAAUAUUUGAGUUAUGUAAGGAUAAAAAAUCCACUGACUUGUAUUUUUGCACAAGAGGCUGAUCUGAAUAUGAUUGUUCACAUUAAGAGUGUUUAUUCGUCGGUUCGGUUUGGGGAUUUUCCCCCUUGAUGUUUUGACAGAUUGAAGUGAGCUUCAGUGAGCAAAAGGAUCAGAAUGCAGGGAACGCUAAGCUGUGAUAAAGUGUGGUAAGAAUGGAAAGCCAGAAUAGUUUUAUACAGACGAGACCAGUGUCAGGCGUUUGCAGUAGGCUUGAGCGACCUUCUGAUUUAGAUUUGAAAGUAAAUAAUUUUAUCAAGCCAUUGCCCAUUUUUACUUCCUCAUUCAUUAUUGUACCAGCAUCAUAACUUUAUUACUCUAAUCCCAGGUAAGUCAAGCGUACGUAAUGCCCCAGAGGAAGAGUAAAACCAGAAAUUCAUGCUGGCUUAAAUAAUCUAUUUUUGUUUCUUUUUAUUUGAAUAUUUAAAUUUUAUGGUUUAUUAAAAAAUUAAAUAAA